GGGAGGGUUAGCAAAGUUAGCGAACGAACAAAAUAAGUCGUUUUGUUUUUGAUUCAAUGAAAAUAAAAGAAAUUCGUUGAGUGCUUUGAAUUUGUUCCGUUUGAUGUUUGAAAAUGUUUUUUUCAUGCAAGAAUGCGAUUUUGUGCUGUUGUCAAAUUUUUCAACAGUUACGAAUUUUUUUAAUUGUUUUUGGAAUUUUAUCAAUUCUAAUAGAAGCCGACAACUACUCAUCAAAUUCAGACAAUAAUGGAAUUUGCAGGAGUGUUGACAUACGAAGUACAACAGCAAAUUUUAAGAAAUUAGAAGGAUGUCGAGUGGUUGAAGGCAACGUGCAUAUUUUACUACUGGACCAUUAUACGCCAAAGGAUUUUUUAAAUGUUACAUUUCCAGAAUUAACUGAAAUAACUGGCUUCUUACUCUUAUACCGUGUUGAAGGUUUGGAAACAUUGGGUAAAAUGUUUCCAAACUUAACUGUAAUACGGGGCCGAGAACUGCUUUACAACCAUGCCUUCAUUAUUUUUGAAUUAAGUUCAAUACAGGAAAUUGGACUUUAUUCGCUGACAAAUAUUGAAAGGGGCGCCGUUUAUAUUUCCAAAAAUCCAAACUUAUGUUUUUCAUCAACGAUCGAUUGGGGUUUAAUCGUUAAACAAGGAUCUGCAAAUAAUGUUAUAACUUUUAACAAAAUCGAAAAUGAAUGUGGACUAUGCCGAGGCGAUGAAAAAAAUGGUUACGAUGUUGAAAAAGAUUCUCAUGUAAAAACAUGUCCUGUAGCUUUCCAUCAUGAAUACAGUGGGAAAUACAGUCCGCAACCAGGCCGACAUUUGUGUUGGAAUCGAGAUAACUGUCAAAAAGUAUGUCCGAAAGAGUGCGGCAACAACACAUGCAAUAGCAAAGGACAGUGCUGUAAGAAUGAUCAAUGUUUGGGCGAUUGUUAUGGUGCAAAUUUGGAUCGUUGUAAAGUAUGCAAAAAUUUAAGCAUUUGGAAGGAUGGCGAAAGUUUAUGUAUGCAAAAAUGUCCGGUUACUCAUAAUUAUGUGUACUUAAAUCGACGAUGUGUUAGUGCUGAUCAAUGUCGUAACAUCACUAAACCAAAAGGUGACUUAGUUCGACGCAAUAAACCGCAUAAACCGUUCAAUGGUUCAUGUCUGUUAGAUUGUCCACUUGGUUAUGAAGAAGACGAAAUCAAUGGCCAGUUAUCUUGUAAAAAAUGUGAAGGGAAGUGCGUAAAACGUUGUGGUGGCGCUAGUGUGAACAGUAUUCAUACUGCACAAAGUUUAAAAGAUUGCACCAUAAUAAACGGAUCGUUAGAUAUCCAGCUACGAGAUGGCAAUAUUGUACACGAGUUAAAUGAGAAUUUGGGCCAAAUUACGGAAAUCACUGGAUAUUUGAAAGUCACACGAUCGUAUCCGUUAAUGUCACUUGGAUUCUUGAAAAAUUUACGGAUCAUUCGUGGUUAUCAUGUUGAUGCACAGAACGGAUAUUCGUUGAUUGUAAAAGAUAACCAAAAUUUACAAGAGCUCUGGGAUUUUUCGAACCACACCAAUCACAAAUUACAAAUUUUAAACGGUCGCGUACAAUUUCAUCACAAUCCAAAGUUAUGUAUCGACAAAAUCGAUGCGUUGGUGGCGAUGAUUGGCUUAAAAAAUGUACGUGAAGAUGAAAUACAACGCAAAACAAACGGUGAUAAAAUUGCAUGCAACUUAGUCGAAUUACCCGUGAAUUGUACCCUAAACAUGUACGGCGCCACUUUAGAAUGGCGUCCCUUUAAAAUGACCAUGAACGAUGAACGUCAUCUGUUGGGCUACGUAGUCUUUUGGAUGAAGACUGAUCGUAAGAACAUAUCUAUUUACGAGUCCCGUGAUGCUUGUGGAGGGGAUGGAUGGAAUGUGGACGAUGUAUUGAAACCGACGGGCGAUGAUUUUAUUUACCAUCCGCUUACCAAAUUAGAAUCGUAUACGAAUUAUGCGGUUUAUGUGGAAACCUAUACAAUUGCAUCCGAACCAUUUGGUGCUCAAAGUAAAAUUCUUUAUUUUCGAACACUUCCUGGAGUUCCUACAUCAGUUACGAAUUUGAGUGCGGUAUCAAAUGAUAGCAGUUAUCUUCUUAUAUCCUGGAAUCCUCCUUUGAAACCAAACGGCGAAAUCACACAUUACAAAAUAAAAUUAGAAGUCGAGAAACCGACAUCACCCGAUCAACGAAACUAUUGUGAAGAUGGUCCAAAAGAAACGACAAACGUUGGAAUCGACGAACCACCUGACCGAACAUCAGAAAAUGGGGAAGAUGAUAGUGAAAAAAACGCAACGAACAAGAAAACCAAAUCCGAGUUAAAAGAUAAGGAACCAGAAGCGGAAGCGGCUGCAUCGUUUGAAGAUGCCCUCCAAAAUUGGGUUUUUGUGAAACGACCAGAAUAUGCGGCCGAUAAACUGCAUGAGCGUAACAAGCGAGAAAUCACUAAUGGGAUUCUCAAUUAUGCGAAUAGUUCAAGAGUAGAGGGGGGACAUAGCAGUGGUGAUAAAAACAAUAAAUCGGAGGAGAAUGGUACGAUUUUUUAUGAGACAUCGAAAACAAUGUUAGUGAUCUCGAAUUUAAAGCAUUAUCGUGAGUACACGGUGAAAGUGAAAGCGUGUCGUCAGUUGUACGGUGCGAAUGAUAACGAGUCGCGCGCAUGCAGCGUAGAAGCGUUUAAAACACAACGAACUCUUGCUAAACCUGGUGCUGACAAUGUGACCAAUAUUCAAUUAGAGAUUCGGACUACAAAUAAAAGUUUGGGUGUUGUGAAAUUGACAUGGAACGAACCAUCUGACCCGAACGGAGUUAUACAAACAUAUCAAAUCGAAUACAAGCAACUUGAUAUUGAAAAUGCUAAACCAACAGUGGUAUGCAUAACACGUAAAAAGUUUCGUGAUCAAAUGAAUUCGUAUCCAAUCAAAGAUUUAAGUCCUGGCAACUAUAGUUUGCGAUUGCGUGCAACCUCUUUGGGUGGAGAGGGUAGUUAUAGUGCAUACAAAUAUUUUUAUAUACCUCCAGCUUCCAGUUCGUCAACGUUUCAAGUCGCUUUGGGAGUUGUUAUCAGUAUCGUUAUUGUAAUAUUAACAUUAGCUGCGUUAUUUUUAUACUUUCGACGAUAUUAUUUAUCAAAUGUACCAAAUAUGAAAUUAAUCGCAUCCGUGAAUCCCGAAUACGUGAGUACUGCAUAUGUACCGGACGAUUGGGAAGUACCACGUAAAAAAAUAGAAUUAUUAAGAGAAUUGGGUCAAGGUAGUUUUGGUAUGGUUUAUGAAGGGGUCGCACAUGAUGUAGUGAAGGGGGUCUCUCAGAUGCGUUGUGCGAUUAAAACAGUUAACGAACAUGCAACUGAUCGUGAACGAAUUGAAUUCCUAAAUGAGGCGUCGGUUAUGAAAGCAUUCGAUACUGCGCAUGUUGUACGCUUAUUGGGUGUUGUCUCCCAAGGACAACCGACUUUAGUCAUUAUGGAACUCAUGUCGAAUGGUGAUUUGAAGUCAUAUUUGAGAUCCCAUCGACCUGAAGAGCAGGACGCUAAUGGUGGCAAUCCACGACGUGAAAAUCCGCCAUCUUUGAAGCGUGUCCUACAAAUGGCGAUUGAAAUCGCUGAUGGUAUGGCGUAUCUAACAGCGAAAAAAUUUGUUCAUAGAGAUUUAGCUGCCAGAAAUUGCAUGGUUGCUGAUAAUUUAACUGUUAAAAUUGGGGAUUUUGGAAUGACCCGUGAUAUUUACGAAACAGAUUAUUAUCGUAAGGGAUCUAAAGGUCUGCUACCGGUACGAUGGAUGGCACCAGAAAGUCUUAAAGAUGGUGUCUUUCAAAGUAGUAGUGACGUGUGGAGUUAUGGUGUUGUACUUUGGGAAAUGGCCACAUUGGCAUCUCAACCAUACCAAGGCUUAUCCAAUGAACAGGUCCUUCGAUAUGUAAUCGAUGGCGGUGUCAUGGAAAGACCUGAAAAUUGUCCAGAUAAAUUAUACGAGUUGAUGAGACUGUGUUGGCAACAUAAAUCGUCAGCACGACCCACAUUCUUAGAAUUAGCAAGUAUUUUAUUGGCUGAUGCAUCUAAUGAAUUUAGAGAGGUAGCAUUUUAUUUUACAAAGGCUGGCCAAGAAGCGUUGGCCGCACAAACCUUACAAAUUCAAGAUGAGGCUGAAGCAACAACUCCAUUACGUCCUGUAAAUACUGCCGAUGAAGAUGAAUUCUCAUUGGACAGUUGUUCAGAUCGUGAGGACGGAGAUGUUGAGGACGGUUCCGUGGAUAUGCAUGAACAUGAAGGCCGUGUCAGUUUUCCCGGAUCGAGUUUUUUAACAGCGGCGUAUCAUGACAAGUCUGAACCAAACAGUGUGGUGAACGGUUUUAUAUCAAUACAAGAACCCCCUAUGCAACAGCAACAAGCCCCUCAUGCAACCAACACACCCACACCCACAUCUAAUUUAAACACCACCACUCAAUGUUAGUUACUAAUCAAGAUUACAACAUAAAAACACCCAUCUGAACGAACCCCCAGUAUUCAUGUGCCCUUCUUAACAGAUCUUCCUCUGAUCCUUCUAUUCACCAUUAUUAAUCACAUACUGGUCCUCCAUGACAACCCUGAACCCUGAGCCCUGAACCCACCCCAAUCACAUAUAAGGGCUACGUAUAGAAAUUGGUUGUAAUUUGAAAAUAUUUUUCAUUGUGCCUGCAAUUCUGCAAC